GUUUCCACCAAUGGCAGAGAGCGAUGCGAGUUUCGCGGGGGAUUCAUCUCUGCCUGCACCCGAUCCGUUCGCGGGAAACCGGACCAGCAGCCACAAGGCGGAAUAAAGACGCCGGACGAGUUCUCCAAACCUGAAACACUAACUUCUGAUCGUGUGCUCGAGCAGCGCAGCGAUGCUUUUCCGCUCGAUCGUUGACAGAGGAGUCGGCAGACGAAGGCAGAACGCCGUCCCUGCAGAUCCUUGGCCCCGGCUCCCCCUGAGCUCUCUGCUUCAGGGCUUCAAGUGCGUCCGACAUGACGAACACAUCUCCUAUGGAAACCUGGGGGACUCCGUGCCCCCGUUCGGAUUAGCCUUCUCCUCUGCCGGGGCGCAGCAGAACAUCCUCGCUGCAGCCAACGAGGAAGGCAUCGUGAGGAUCUACAACACGGAGAGCAGAGAAAACCCUCUUCUCAAAGAAUGGCUGGCUCAUGAGAACGCUGUCUUUGACAUUGCCUGGGUACCGGGGGAGCCUCAGCUAGUGACGGCUGCAGGAGAUCAAAUGGCCCGGUUGUGGGACGUGAAGUCGGGGGACAUGUUGGGCAGCUUCAAGGGUCACCUCUGCAGCCUCAAGUCUGUUGCAUUCGCACCUCAGGAGAAAUCUGUGUUCUGCACUGGAGCCAGAGAUGGAAAUAUUAUGGUCUGGGACACGAGGUGCAGCAAAAAAGAUGGUUUCUACAGACAGGUGAAACAGAUCAGUGGCGCUCACAACAAAGCAGAGACCAACGCCCCCUUGAAAAUAAAGAAGAGACGUAGCAGCACUCGGGGCAUGGCUCCCAGUGUGGACACCCAGCAGAGUGUCACAGUGGUUUUGUUUCGGGAUCAGCACACGCUCAUCUCCUCUGGGGCCGUCGAUGGAGUGAUCAAGCAAUGGGAUCUGAGAAAGAACUACACUGCUCACCGUCAGGAUCCGACUCCACUGCAGACGUACCCGUACCCGGGUUCCUGCAUGCGCAUGCGCCUCGGUUAUUCCGGACUUGUUCUGGACUCCACAGGAUCCAAUGUGAUGUGUAACUGCACUGAUGACAAUAUCUACAUGUUCAACCUCAAUGGAAUAAAGACAAAUCCAGUGGCAGUUUUCAGUGGCCACCAGAAUUCCUCAUUUUAUGUCAAGUCCACUAUCAGCCCAGACGACCAGUUCUUGGCCAGCGGCUCAAGUGACAAUCACACGUACAUCUGGAAGAUUUCUGAGCCUGAACUUCCUCCCAUGACCCUUCAAGGCCACAGUGAGGAAGUGACCUCAGUCGUGUGGUGUCCCACAGAUUUCACUAAGAUUGCUUCCUGUUCGGACGACCACACUGUUCGGAUCUGGAGGCUUCACCGGGAAACAGAGGAGGUGCAGUCUUCAGUGGGAGAAGCAAACCUUGUGGGCUGGGCACGUCGGAAAACUCCAACAAGGCCCUCAGUCAGAGCUGAGACGACUCCCGCCAAAAGCCAGAGGACAGAGAUUCGUCCAGGCCUCGUGUCGCCCCGGCUCGCUGCCUGUGCUCCGAGUGGAGCCGCCCUGCCUCUGUCCUCCAGCACCACUUCACCUGUCCAGACUCCGGAUCCAAAGGCUGCUGCUGCUCGCCAGAGAACGCCAUCCUCUAUCAAACAGUGGUUAUCAUCUCCGAGCCGCGGGUCUCCCGGUCAGGCCACCCCUCCUCUCCGCAGGGCUCUGACCCCGUGUCCCCAGAGUCCGGCGAGCAGCACCUCUCCCAUCGAGCGACGGGCCAAACGGCGGCUGGAGACCAUUGCGUCUGCCGGCUGUGAGGGCGCAGAACAAUGUGACUGUGUUACUGAACUUUACCCUGCGCCCAAGAGAGGCCGGACCCUGGCUGGUAUCUGCUGUCCUGCUCAAGAGAGCAGGUCACAAACAGACUGUCCCGCAGAGGACAAGCAAAGCUCAUCGAGACAGAGUGGAAAAGAGAAUUACUCUCCCAGAGGAAUGGACUGGCUGUCUGCGAUGGCACAAAAGAUGAGGAAAGGUCAAGGAAGCCCGAGUAGUCCCAGAAGUCCCAGUGCCUCGAAGAAACAGGAAGGGAAAACACCAGCUUCACCGAUGAGUCGCUCGCCGCAAAGCAUGAAGAAAAUCUCCACUUACUUCAGGAGCCCGACUCUGGAGUGACCUGCCAGAGCCGCUCACAUGUUCUGGGCUUCUGUUUGAAUGCAAUGUUUUUAUUUUGGAGUAUAUCUUUUAUAUGUGAUGGUAAAGCCUCUGAGAACACAUGACUUACAUUAGCACAUGAUCCCGACAGAAACCGAACAUUUGUUGCAGCAGUUUCACAUCCACAGAGGCCGUUUUUUUAGGUAUUGGCAUUUGCCUCCUACACAAAUGUUCUGGUGCUGUGCUGAGAGACUCUGGUUUGAAAUCAGGUCUCAUUUCCGAGUUAAUCUUUCACUUUACUCAAACCUGAAAACUACGAGACGAUGCACCAUUUAAUACACGACUCCACGUUUCAUCAAGGUGUUCAGGAGGUUAACAAGGUAUUAAUCUUCAAGCAGAGAGUUGUCCAAGUGUAGAUAUUUUAAAUUCUGCUAAAAAAGUACAAAAUAUUUAGCUUGACAGCCUUGAGCCCUUUUAUGAACUUCACUGAGUGUAAGCUGGUCACAGAUCAGCUCUGUAACAGCCUGACAUUUAUAUUUUCAGCUCUAGAUUUUGUCACAUCAGUGUUGCGCAUAUAAAAAUCGGUUGAUUUUGAUUUUCUUCUUUUUAUUUGAGAAAAUGCUCAAGUUGUUUAUAUGUACAAAAUAACCAAUGAUUGUUGCAUGGUCCGUUUGUAUUUAAUUAACAUAAGCUUGCUUUGGUCUGACCUUUAUUAAAUGAAAGUCAGUUUC